UAACUUUUAUGGGAGUCGGUAAAGUUAUGAAUGUGAUAAAUCUAUUAGGUAUCAUGUUUGUAGUAUUUCUAUGACAUCCUGGUAUUAGUGGAUCCGUUUUUGAUUAAAACGUUUUUCUUUUAAUUAAUCCAAUUUUAUUAUGUUAAAUUUUUUAAGUUCUUUGGAUAUAUAAAAUAUAGUCUUUCUUUAGGUGUACAAAACAAUGUCAAGUCACAUGCAGCUUUGUUAUUAGUGGUCAAAUUACCAUAAAUGUUACCGUUUUGUGUCUCCUUAUGUUGCAAAUGGUGAACUCGGAACGUACGCUUGUGAACGCUUUGACAAUCUUAAGCACCAGCAUAGCGGUCCUGACUAGUACUGGUUUUCUUAUGUGGAACGCUGGUGAUGUUACGAUCGAAGCAUCUCUUGUUCCAAACGCCAUGUAUUCAUCCGGUUGGCAGCACUGCCGAGGCCCCACAUCUGCAAUAGUAAGGAAAUUGCUGGUCGUGGCGAUGACUCAAGGACAAAAGCCUGUAAUGUUACGAAGUUUUGGAAUUGUAGAGAUAUCAUAUCAGUCAUAUUUAUCGAUUGUGAAGUCCUCGUAUUCGGCUUUUUCUAUAUUGUAUUAAAUAUUAUUAUUGUAUAUAAUUAAAAUAAGCACAAAAAAAAUAUCUU